UGUGUGCGGAGCAGAGCGCGCGCCCCUUCAUCGCCACUGCGCACCUGCAGCAAAACUACCGCAACUUUAUCCUUCAACCGCAAACCGGAUUAAAAAGCGAAGCAGUGCAGAUUAAAGCGGAUCUGAUCCGGAAUGGAGCUGCGGAUUAUUUUCCCCGUGCUGUCCGUGCUCUCCUCCAGCAUCCUCCACACAGGUGCGGUACCUGUGUAUCCAGGUGGGUCAGGUGAGACCCCCUCCAGCCCCCGUCACUCCAGGACUAAGCGCUGCUCCUGCUCCACCUUCCUGGAUAAAGAGUGUGUUUACUUCUGUCACCUGGACAUCAUCUGGGUCAACACACCUGAGCGCACUGUAUCGUACGGGCUGGGGAACGCCCCCCGCAGGAAACGCUCAGCGCCGCGAGCCACCGACACCCAACCCCAACGCUGCAGGUGUGCAGAAACCAGCGACGCCACCUGCACUCGAUUCUGCCAUAUCGACUACCCACCUCGGCGUAAAGCAGCGCCUGACAAGGUGAUCCCUACCGCCCGCGGGCGCGACUGUGCCGAGGAGGAGCGCAAACACGACCUGGCAGCGCAGACGAGGACCCGCAGGAGUGCCGUCCAAUCAGCAGCAGCCAUCCAGCGAAUUCUCCUCCUCCUGGAGAAAUGGAGGCUGAGGAGACUCCAUACAGCACCAGCUUCCUGGAGGCAGAAGUGAGGUCCUGACUUUACCAACCGAGACUCAAGCAAAUGGUCUUUUUCAGAGUUGAGGGACCGUUUUUCACGGAGUUGCCUUGGAAAACUCGCAGUUGCUGCAGUCGCUGAGGUGCGACGGGACUUGGCGUAACGGGACUUUAGAGGAACCAAGAAUUAGCAGGACAACCAUCUGCCAGAGAACCAUCUGAUGGAAAAACAUCAACGCAAUGAAGACAUGGACCAGGGGCCAAUGGGAAGCUCCGGUUUGGAAAGUUCCUAAAAGCCAAACUCAAUUCCUUUCCUUGCAGGAUGACCAGCUUUAUUCCAGGUUCACACUACAGUAUGACUGCUUGUGCUGUAAUCGUGAAUCCUUCAGCUGUUGAGACUUUCACACUAAAAGACUAAUCAGUGAAACGGGGUCAUAAAUUACACGCUCACCAAAAACACGUUUAUCACAAGAAAAAAAACACACCUGAUCUAAAAACACACGCCAGAGAAAAUCUCUAUAGAGGAGAAUACGCACUUAAAGUGAGUCCAACAUAACCAAGAGUUUGUAUGAAGCCAAAACUGAGCAAAAUCAAAUGCAAGAGUUUAUAAAUAUCUGAUUAGUUAUAUACUAAAAAUAUGUAUUUAUUAUGUCCCCAACACUGAACUAUAUUUAAUGUUUCAGUUCUGCAGACAUAAUUUUUGAUCAUUUUGAGCCAACCAAUCAGCUCACAGUAGCAGUAAUGCACUUUAGUGCUUUACAGUGUAAAACCUGUUUGUUUUUGCUUUUUUUUUUUUAGUUAAAUAUAUUAUUCUACUUUUUUCUAAAAUUAAAGAAAUAUUCACAACAAGUAGUUCAUGAUUGCUUUUAAUUUAAAUAAUAAGUUUUUAGCUUUUAGUUCCAUUCCAACUUAUUCUUAAAGGACUCACUCGUGAACUCUUUCUAGAGUUUAAAAGUAAUUUUAUGAUAUAAAAGUUAACAGGGGGGAUGGACGGGUGUUCAGACUCUUUAUUAACAGCUCUGGUGUGUUUUUUUGGACUCGUGGUUCUCUCUCUCUUUCUCUGUGAUCUCAUUGGCUGUAUGUAGCCGAUGCUCCUGACUCCCAGUCGCUGACUGAGUCAGAUGUUAAACAUGUUGACUCGUCUGUGUCUCGUCGACGGUGAAGCUGGCAUUAGAAGCUGAUUCUGGACUCCAUCAGGGACAAUCAAUGACCGACUCGGUCAUUUCUAACAUCUGUAAUAAUCGCACAAUCCAAGCACGUAAUGAUGAGAUAUAACGUCAGUUCUGGAGAACUUCGAGAGCUCAGGUGUUGUACUAGGUGUGGUCUGUUCCAACCCUUCCAGAUAUUUACCAUUUGGGCUUUUUGAUUGGCUGCAACAACCCUGGAGACUCUCGACACGUUCCCUUCUCCUGCAUGCUGUAUAAUGACCAAGCUCUGACUCUAUAAUCAAUCAAUCAAUGCAAAUAUGGAUAUUUAUUAAAGCAUUUAUGUUAAAUAAUGCAUUUAUCAUCAGGCCAUAUUGGCCCACAGUAUCGACUGUUGCUCAGUUUCCAUGAAAUGUUGGGAUAUAUUGAGGCCACACUUGUGGUCGGCAUUGUAGGAAAUAAAUAAUUAACCUUAUUUAUAAUAUA